AUCGUAUAAAAUGGCAACGUCACAAACAGCUGUUUUCAAUAAAUGCAUUUCCAAAUGCAAAUUAAACUAAAUAAAAUAAAUUACAAACUAUUUAUUUUAUAUUGUUAAAAAUAAAAUAGAAAUAAAUGUGUUAAAAAGUGAUAAACUACCAAGGCCAAUUCUAAAUAAAUUAGCAACAUACAAUUUUAAAAUAAAUUUCACAUAAAAGCCUAACUACAAUGGAUACCGAAAUCCUAGCACAAGCUGUGGAUAAAUCGCAAAUGCCACCAUUGCAUCAGAAACGCGUUUUGGCAUUUAUCAAUCAUUUUAUAAUAAAUUCAUGCAAUUUCCUCAAUGACUUUGCGUUGAAAUGUGAAAGUAAAUUUGUGGAUUUGGAAAGAAAAAUGCAAAAGGUUGAAGCAGCACUAACAAUAAUAGAGGCCAAGUUAGCAUCAGUGCCAGAUGUAAUGGACACCACAACAACUACCACUGCCAGUAAUAUUGCAACAGAAGAGGUUGCAAACGAUACCGCGGAAAAGACUGAAAACAAACCAACCGGUGGAGAGACUGUUACUGAUAGUUCUACAGAUGUUGCUGCACCAACGAAUGUUGCAACUCCGGAGCCGACAGGUGUGCGCGCCUGUGAAGAUAUGCGUUUUAAGAAGUUUUUCAAAAUGGUGCAGUUCGGUGUGCCUACUGGCGCUGUUAAAAUUAAAAUGCAAGCAGAAGGUGUUGAGCCUAGCAUACUGGACAAUCCGAAUAUGUUGCUAACCGAUGGCGUUACGGAUUGAGAGCCAUAAACAAAUACGGACUUUUAAUACAAUAGAACAAAACAAACUUGGGCUGAACUGCACCCAUCCAACUAUUAAUGUGAUAUUAUGAAAAAUAUGUAAGAAUUCAUAUAAAUAACUAGUGUAAAAUAAAAGAUGAAAUUAAA